AUGGGGACUACGUCGCUUCGGUUCAAGGUCCAGAAGCAGACCCAGGACCAGGAACGGGCCGAGAUCCACCUCGAGGGGAAGGACGCCCGAAGCGACAACGAAGCAGCAAGAAGAACAGAAGACGCCAGACAAGGUCUUCACAGGGACACCACGCCUGACUUGACCCUCUGCAAGAACGCUGGGCGAAUCACUUGGGAAAACACCUUUGAAGACCUGGGAAGUAAUCACAGGAUGUUCAGCAUUGCCCUAGGCAAUCUCCCUUCCAGGAAUUGCAAACGGACAAUCAGGCGCGUAGAAUGGGACCAAUUCCGCAAAAGCACAAAAGAGAAAGAACAGGGACCCAUCGGAAACGUAGAAGAAUGCAGCAGUGCACUUCUACGAGACGUAGAAAAAGCCACAACCAAAAUGGAAUGUGAUGACUGGUUGGCUCGACGAGAAGGGGAAGAUGAGUGUGGUGGAACCCUCUCAAUGCGGAUGGACAGUAGGCUCGCACACCUUGUCGAAGCCAAAAAAUCUAUACAGCAACGGCUGCACAGGCAAAAACACAAUCGAAAUCUAAGGAGAAAACUCGCCGAGCUAAACAAGCACAUCGAAACACACUGUACCCAUCUAUGCCAUCAGGAGUGGGGCGAAGAGUGCGACGCCAUGAACAGUAACAUAAACACAGGCAAGACAUGGAAAAUCCUCAAGUACCUGCUGGACCCGUCGGCCACCAAAACGGCGGUGAAAGCGGAAAUCACCAAGAUAAGACACAGAAAUAAAGGGAACAUUCAUCAGAUGGGUGAUGAAAUCUUCAAGCUCUACCUCGGCAGACCCCCGGCAGUCGAACACCAGGAAUACUCGGGCUCUCCUAACGAAUAUCUUGACAGAGACUUGUCACAGCAAGAAAUCAGGGCAGCCCUGCAGACGAUCAAGACCAAGUCAGCUCCAGGUCCCGAAAAAGUGUCCAACAAGAUGCUCCGGAACCUGGACGAGCAGGGAACGAGCCGUUUGACAAACUUCGUCAAUGAGUGCUGGAGAAACGGGGAGAUACCCGACGAAUGGAAGAUAACCGAGGUGAUCCUCAUUACUAAGCCGGGUAAACCCCUAGAAAUUCAGAACAUGCGGCCCAUCUCCCUCACUUCUUGCGUCGGUAAAGUAAUGGAGCAUGCUUGCCUGAACAGGGUUAACGGCUACCUUGAGUCUAACAACGUAUUGAGCAACAUAAUCGGCUUCAGAAGAGGGCUCUCCACACAAGAUGCCAUGAUACAACUAAAGCAGCAAGUCAUGGACCCCAUUGGACGAGGCAUGAGGGCAAUAAUUCGGCUAGAUCUAAGGAGAGCCUUCGACAUGGUAGAGCACGCAGCCAUUCUAAAAAAAUUGCACAACUCGGUCUAG